AAUUAUAUCAACUAUGAUUGUUUUUGUCGCAAGCUAUAAUUUGUACUACAUUUCUAUUUUACAUGACGAAUUAUUGCUUCAGCAGGCUCGUCAUGUGUAAUCUUACAAAAGUAAAUACCAUAUUGAUCUGUUUAUGGAUGGUACAAGGACAUAUAAAUCAUAAUGUUACCACUUUGCCUAAAUAUACUUGCAGUCAGUUACAAGUAAAGACAGGAACUUCAAUAGUGUUAGCUUGUCCGAAUUAUAAUACUGAAAUAUCAGUUGAGUGGUUAUUUAAGAACAACAGUAAUGAAGAAGCACUUUUUGACGGAAAUAAAUAUAACGCUGUCCUCAAUGGAACUCUUAUUGUUUUGAACAACGGAUAUCAUCUCCGUAUAGAAAAUAUCACUCAGGUUGAUGAAGGAAAUUAUACGUGCAUCACAGAACUUCAGCUUACUAAAUUCCAAGUAGAUGUGUCUGGUUUCACAGACACUGACAUAACUAGAGUCAAGGAAACAAUCAAAGAAGGGACUACUGUUGAAAUCGGUUGUUUUCCAAGAAUUCAUCAAAAAGUAAUAAAGUUUGCUGUUGAAGAAAGGUUCAACCGGGACACAAGCGAAAAUUUAAAAUAUCGAAUAGUUAAUGCUUCCAGAAACACAGAACUUUCUUAUUUCUGCAAAAACAAAGAUUCGUGUGAUGCAAUAUAUUUGGUUGUACAGUAUGCUCCUUCAGUUUUUAUACAAUUGAUUAAUGAAACACUUCACUGUAUUACACGUGGUGGAAAUCCUCCUGCUACGAUUGUUUCUCUAAAAUGGGAACUCAAGAAAUUCAAUGGCGACCUCAUAUCUAACAUUUUUGAAACAUCAAAUGAAAAGUUAAACUUGACAAAUUUUCAGCAAGACGAUAUGUAUUAUUUGCAGAACGGAAAUUACAUAUGCACAGUAACUUACACACAGGAUAACAGUACAAGUAUUUCAAAAUUGCAAAGCAGCAUAUCAGUUGAAAUGGGAGGUGCACCGGCUUGCAUACAAGACAGUUACGAAAAACAAUAUGGAAUGUUACAACAAGAAGCAGCCUUGCAUGUGGAGUUUUACAGUUUCCCUAAAAUCACUAGCAUUACAUGGAUGAAAGCAGAUAAAGAAAUUAGAACAAAUCUGUCGAUUGAGAAAUAUAGCUUAUUAAUGGAAAAUAAAGCAGAUAGUUUUCGUAACAUUUACACUUCAACAUUGUAUAUCAUAACAACAGAAACAAAUGAUAUUGGUAACUAUACUGUGAAGUUGUCAAACAUACAUGGAAUUACAACGUGUACCAUUGAAUUUUUCCUGACAUGUGAAUAUAACAACACAGUUAUACAACUAUACAUUCUUACAACUGGAUGUCUGACAGUUAUAACAUUGAUAGCAAAUGGAAUUUAUUCACGAUUUUUUGUUCUUAAGUGACAUAAACAUUAACACAAAUACGAAUGUUAGCGAACAUGUAUUUAAAGAAUGAUGUCAAGUUAGAAACUUUUAAACAGGUUUAGUCGUUACAUUUGUACAUGUAAGAUUGUAGAUUGUUUGCAAUGCAAAAAUUCUAUAUUUUAUAAUUGAAAGUGGCUUUUAUUCAGUUUGUUGAAUACUUUUAAUACAUUUCGGGCUAUUCCAUGUAACGUAUGAAUGUGACAGUAAUUGUAAAACUUUGGUUUUGUUUAUAUUUUAUACUUUUAUUUAUCUUUAUGAAAAACUAAUAUAUUUAUUCCAAUAUGAAUGUCAAAUUAUAUGACAUGUAUGAUAUUUUUUAUUAUACUUUUUACAAUUAUAGUGUUGACAGGUUAAUAAAAAACGUGGAUUUGAAUGUAGAUAAAAGAAACAAAAGAUAUUCAAUCUAGUUCAAUAUUCAAAAUUCAAUAUUUUCAAAAAAAACAUUUUGUGUUGGCCAAAUAUAUCGACAACUUGUUAGUACUUUAUAAUAUGUAAACAAAUAAUUGUUACAUUGUUUUUUCCCCGUAUAAUACAAUAAAAAAAAACCAUUUAAUUUGGUCAUACUGUCAUUAAAUUUAAAAGAAAACACGUUACAAAUUCAACAAACGUCUAUGUGUCAUUUAAAUGCCUUACACAAUACUUGUUACCGAUAG